AUGUACUUUUGCACAUUGAUGUAAAAAAUCUAAUCAAAUGAUGCAGUAAACUUUAAGACUUCUUAGAAAUUUCAAAAUCUUUUAUUGGAAAAUGUUGAGUACAAUAUUUCCUCGAAAGAAUUUGACUUUGGUGUGUUUAUAAUCUAUCGAAAUUAAAAUGGCACUUUUAAUACGGGCAAGUGUCAAGAUUAGAACCUCAAUACAUUAAAUGCCAAUCAAGUAGGAAUGCAAUGCCCUUAGAAUUUCAAAUUUUAAUUGGCAGGAAAUACUGCAACAUUAGUAGAAAAAUUCAUCAGUGCAGAUAUUAUUUAUUGUGAUUAAACAACUCUCAAUAAGAGGUUCCAAGGUAAAAAAUGUAAAUCAAAGACAUAGACAGAUUCCAUACUUAAAAAUAUGAUAGUUGUGAUUGCCCAAAAAUAACAAUACUUUGAUGUUGAUGAAUUUCGUGAUUCUCCAAUUAAGGACACAAUAAAGAUUUCUACUUUAGAUUUGAUACCUAAUUUUACACAGAACUAUGAUUAUAAAUUAAGUGAGAAUGAGGCCUAUGUAAGUGAUACACUAACUGAUUCAUUUUUUGAAGGAAAAAAACAAAAUUAUUACAAAUCAAGAUUAGAAUCAACUUCAGUAUCAUCCUUGCAGACAACUACUCUUGCUAGAAUCAGAUUUCUAUUGGAUGAGAAUGUAGAGAGUGUAGAAAGGAUAACUGACACAAUUAUUGAUGCGAUUUCUUAAGUGGGAGGAUUGAUGAGUAUAAUAUUUUCAAUAAUUAGUUUCUUUGUAUGCUACAUUUAGGAUUUCCUAUUCAAUUCUCAUAUAAUUAGAAAAAUUUUCGCCUAUAAUGACAGACUAUUUAAGCAAGAGUAUGUUAAAUAAUCGAAUAAAAAACUUAAGAAAUAUUCCAUUGAACAGAAUUAAAAUGUAAAAACAGAUAAUACCCUUGAGAAUAGUCACUAAACCAUAAAAAAGCAGGACAUCUUUAAUAAUUAACCCGAAUAAAAAAAUAAAAUUCUAUAGUAUUAAAAAAUUAUCCUGCAAGGAUUCCUUGGACUUAAGGAAUUCAAAUAUUCGAUUCUUGAUAAGCUUUAAUAUCUCAUUAGCAGGAUAAUUUGCUGUCUAAUUACUAGAAGAGCACUUUAAAGAAUAAGAAUGAAAGAAAGCUUGUUUUAAAAAGGAAUUAAGAAACUUGAUGAGAAGUUUGAUAUAGAAAACUUGAUCAGAGUAAUGUCUAAAUUAAAAGAAUUAGAGAUAAUUUUAUUGAAUUAAUAGCAAAGAAACAUUUUUGGUUCAAUUAAAAAAAUAUUAAAAAUAGAUGUCAAAUCUAAGAAUCCCUUAGCAAUCUAAUCUCAUAUUAAAAACUAAUCAAUGUCUUAGAGUUAAAUGAUUCAAAAUAAUAUAUAGAAAUUCAAGAUAUUAGACAAAAUUGAUAUGAGAAUGGCUAAACGCUUUCUGAAGAAAACAUAAAUAAAUAAUGAAAAUAAAGACAUGGAUGCAAAUUUUAUUGAUUACUCUGCUUUUGAUUUCAAUCAAGGUAAAAUUGAAAGCUAGCCUGUUGCUGAAGGAUAUAAGUUUUAAUAGUCCAGUUAAAAUAUUAAUGAAUCUUAAAGACAUUUAACUUCAAAAGGUGUAGUUAUAGAUGAUGAUCAUGAUAUUAUUUUAGAUGUAUGA